UUUGUCGAGAUGAGACGGCACGAAUGCUUGCCUGAUGGGAUUACGUACGCUGCUUUGAUCGGAGGGUUCGCAAAAUGCGGAAAGAUCGAUAGAGCUUUCGAGUUUCUUGAUGCGAUGACGAAGAAUGGGUGCAGGAAGAGCCCGAAUGCUUAUUUCCCGAUCUUUGUAGCGCUCGAAAAGAGGGAAGAUCUCGAGCAAUGCCUGGAAUUGAUGAGUAGAAUGUCGAACGACAAAUGCUUUCCUGAUUUACACAUAUACAACACUGUUAUAAGAUUGGUNGGCGAGCUUGAUCAAGCGGCCGAGCUGUGGAACGAGAUGGAAGCGAGCGGGCUCAGCCCAGGUCUCGACUCCUUCGUGAUCAUAAUCCACGGAUUUCUCGGCCAGAACUCGCUCAUCGGGGCUUGUAAACAUUUCAGAGAAAUGGUAGGAAGAGGACUGCUAUCGACGCCACAGUACGGAAUCAUGAAGGACCUGUUGAAUUCUCUUCUUAGAGAUGAAAAGCUCGAAUUGGCAAAGGAAGUUUGGGGCUUGAUUGUGAGCAAAGGAGGGAAGCUCAAUGUGUACGCUUGGACUAUCUGGAUACAUGCUCUGUUUGCUAAGAAGCAUGUUAAAGAGGCUUGUUCAUAUUGCAUAGAGAUGAUGGAGGCUGGAAUUAUGCCUCAGGCCGAUACGUUCGCAAUGCUGAUGAAGGGUUUGAAGAAGAUGUAUAAUAGGGUGAUAGCGGCGGAGAUAACGGAGAAAGUGAGGGUGAUGGCGGAGGAGAGGAAUGUGAGUUUUAAGAUGUAUAAGAGGAGGGGAGUUGUUGAUUUGGUGGAGAAGAAGAAGAGGAAGAAGAAGAUGGAGAGGAGGAAGGGGAAGGGGUCGAGAGGGCGAGCGGGUGGUCGAGGACAUAGUAGUCGGAGGAGGGAGAAUGUUUUGAGUCUUUAUAAUGAGGAAGAUCCUUAGCAUGAAGAUGCAAGAUUUCUUCAAUGGUUUGGGAUUUUGAGGAAACCAAGCGAUUGAGAUGGGAGUAUUUGACGCAGUGACGUUGAGAAGGCCCUCGGCUAAAAGGCGAGAGCUCUCCGAAUUUGCCGUAUGUAAAACAAACAGCAUAAUAUUUCUAGUUGUGGAGAAUUGCAAUCCUUGUAUUUGGCGUGAAUGAUAAUUUAACUAAUAAGCUUAUCAUGUGUGUUUUAAUAUGAUAGAUACAGUUUUUCACAUGGCUUCUUUGUCACAAUAGAUUGAACACCAAAGAUAAU